UAGAUUAAUUUCCAAGCGAAAACAAAUUGUUUAAAUUCGGAAUUUUAACCAGAAAUCAAUGGAUUUUGCGGACAAAAUGGACUUGGAGAACGAGCGGGUGCUGAAGCUGAUAUUUCCGGAUGGAGUUCCGGACAACCUGCGUGGCAAUCCGGAGCUGGACAACUAUUUGGCCAAACUGGGCACCUGCAAGGUGGAGCAGCUGAAGAAGGAGCAGACGCGGCUGGCGGACGAGGCGCGCAGCAUUCUGGAGCAGACGCAGGACCUGGCCAUUUCGAACUACAGGACUUUCAUCACCACGGCGGAGAAUUCGCGUUCGAUUUUCAGUGAGUUUCUGCGAUCGGAGGAGCAGUUGGACACGCUAGUAAGCAAGCUGCCCGAUCUGAGUGUCCAGUGCGAGCGCUUCCUGCAGGACUCCUCGGAUCUCAACGAGCAGAGGCGCUUAAACUCCAUCACGCUGCAGAAGAAUGCUCAAUUGUUAGAGGUUUUGGAGCUGCCGCAGCUCAUGGAGCGCUGCAUCCGCGAGGCUCGCUACGAGGAGGCCCUCGAGCUGGCCGCCUAUGCCACCCGCUUGGGUCAGCACCAGGGACACAUUCCCGUGGUGAAGGGCAUCGUUCGCUCCGUGGAGGCUUUGUGGCACACCAUGCUGGUGCAGCUGGUGGCUCAACUGAGGACCGACCUGCAGCUGCCCAAGUGCUUGCAGAUCGUGGGCUAUCUGCGGAGGAUGCAGGCCUUCGGGGAAAAUGAGUUGCGUUUGAAGUUUCUGCAGGCCAGGGAUGCCUGGUUGAGCUGCUGCCUGGAGGCCAUUCCUUCUGGAGAUGCCCAGCAGCACCUGUCCAAAACCAUCGAAAUCACCCGCAUAAACCUGUUUAAUAUCAUCACCCAGUAUAGAGCCAUUUUUCCUGAAGAAGAUGGCGGUUUAAAGACUCAAAGUACCAGUUUAAGGCCUCUGCAGGGCGUCAGCUGCAAUGGAGAUCGACUCUUCCAGGCCUGGCUGCACAAUAAGAUUAACGACUUCCUGCAGACGCUGGAAAAGGAUCUACAAUUAGGAGUGGGCUCCGUGGAGACAGUUUUAGGCCAGUGCAUGUACUUUGGUCUGUCCUUCAGCCGCGUGGGAGCCGAUUUCCGUGCUUUAAUGGCGCCCAUUUUCGUGGCAGUGAUCCGCCGACGAUUUGAGAGCAGCGUGGAGCAGGUGAACGAGCAGUUCGAGCGGGAGCUGGACAGAUUCACGCUGAUCAACAAGGUGGCGCUGCACUCGCACGCCCGCAAGCAGUUGGAUCCCGCGGAGGAGUCCUUUGCUCCGCCCGAAACGCUCUUGGAUUUCUAUCCCCUGGCCGCCCUGUGCAAUGGCUAUCUGAGCGCCUUGAACGAGCUGCGUCUGUGUGCUCCCUUAGCUCUGGCCACCGAUGUCACUCGCUGUCUGCAGCAUUCCCUUCAGUUGGCCGCCCAGCGAGUGCUCGCCUUCUAUCGGCAGGAGCAGCAGGCCUUCGCCGGCAGCGAAAGGGAGGCGUUUAUUCGACUCUGCUGCUGUCUGGCCUACGACCUGGUUCCCUAUAUGCAGCGAUGCAUCCACGGCGUCUUCCCGCCGCAGUCGCUGACCGUUCACCUGGGCAUUAGUUUGCUGCAGCUGGAGCAACAGCAGCUCACGUACCUAGAGCAGGCACGCAUCUUGGAGCCUUUGAAGCAUUUACUCCCCACCAAGGCGCUGGUGCAGCCGCAGGAAUCGCCCAAGGAAACGACGACAAGCGUUGGAGUAGCUGUCACUGCCGAGGGAUAA